UAUCAGUUAUCUUUAACGAUUCACAAAAUCACAUUAAAAUUUCCACAAAAUGUUCAAAUUCAUCACUGUUAUCUUCGCCUUGAUUGCCUGCGCUGCUGCCAAACCCGGUUUGAUUGGUGCUCCUUUGGCUUAUACUGCUCCCGCUGCUGUUGUAGCUGCCCCCGCCGGUGUUGUUACUGCCACCAGUAGCCAAUAUAUUUCCCGUAACCAUAAUGGUAUUGUCUCCACCCCUAUUGUUGGUCCAGUAGCUGCUCCUGUUGUUGCCAAGACUGUUGCCUACGCUGCUCCUGUAGCUGCUGCUUACACCGCCCCUGUUGUAGCCAAAUACGCUGCUGCUUACACUCAUCCUUUGGCCUAUUCUGCUCCUGUAGUUGCCAAAUAUGCCGCCGCUUACUCUCAUCCUUUGGCCUACUCUGCUCCUUUGACUUAUGCUGCUGCUCCAGCUCCACAAACAUCAUUUCAUUUACUGUAUUUCAACAGCAAACAAGAAAUUUUAAAAAUCCUCAAAAAAAUGGCCAAAUUCAUCAUUGUCUUGUGCGCUUUCAUUGCCUGCGCUGCUGCUAAACCCGGUGUUGUAGCUCCCUUGGCUUAUACCGCUCCCCUUGCUGCUGCUACUCCUUUGGCUUACUCUGCUCCUUUGACCUACGCCGCCACUCCUUUGGCUUAUGCUAAUGCACAUUUGGAUGCCGCUUAUGCCAGCAGCCGUGUUGAUAUCAAGCAAAACUACAAUGCUGCCGUUGUCCCGGCCACUUAUGCUGCAGCCCCUGUAGCUACUCAUUUCGCUGCUCCCGUUGCCCCAGUAGCUCCUCUUAAAUACACUGCUGCCCCUGUUUUGUUCAUACAACCAGCAAACGAUUCGUACUGCUUAGUAAUUUCAAUAUCAUUAACAAUUCUUAACUUGUUAACGUUAAAUCUAAAUCAAAACAAAAUGUUCAAAUACGCCGUUGUCAUCUUCGCUGUCAUUGCUUGUGCCGCUGCCAAACCCGGUUUUGUAGCUCCUUUGGCUUAUGCUGCUCCCGCUGCCGUUGUUGCUGCCCCCGCCGGUGUUGUCACCGCCACCAGCAGCCAAUUUGUUGCCCGUAACCACAAUGGUAUUGCCACCGCUCCCGUUGUUGCUCCAGUAGCUGCCCCUGUUGCUGCCUACACUGCUCCUGUAGCUGCCGCCUACACUGCCCCAGUUGUAGCCAAAUACGCUGCUGCUUACUCUACUCCUUUGGCCUACUCUGCUCCUGUUGCUGCUGCUUACAGCGCUCCUUUGACUUAUGCAGCCACUCCUUUGGCUUAUGCUAAUGCUCAUUUGGAUGCCGCUUAUGCCAGCAGCCGUGUUGACCUUAAGCAAAACUACAACGCUGCCGUUGUCCCCGCCACUUAUGCUGCUGCCGUAGCUCCUCUUAAAUACACUGCUGCCCCCGUUUUGUUGUAAAUUUAGAUUUUGUUAAUGAUGCUUACGAAAUAAAAUAAAUGAUCUGUGAUAUUCCUAUUUUAAAA